UUAUUCUGAAUUAAAGGAAGUAGCAGCAAAGGUUCACUCAGAGCAGCAGAAUGGCAGACAAAAAACGCCUCGCCUUCUCGAUCAUCCAGUUUCUCCAGGAUCAGCUGCAGAAUGGGGGGCUCUCCCCCGAUGCUCAAGAGAGCUUGGAAGUCGCCAUCCAGUGCCUAGAAACAGCCUUUGGGGUGUCCAUGGAUGACAGAGGCUUGGCCAUUUCACAGACCCUUCCCGAAAUCUUCGACGCUGCUGCAGCAAAGGAGCCCCAGCCAAGCAGAACAGAUUCUGAGCCGGUAACGCCUUCGGAAGAAGAUGCAGCUGAAGCAGAGAGGCUGAAAACGGAAGGAAACGAGCAAAUGAAGGCGGAGAACUUUGAAAGCGCCAUCUCCUACUACGGGAAAGCCAUCGAGCUGAACCCGUCCAACGCGGUAUACUACUGUAACAGGGCCGCCGCUUACAGCAAACUCGGAAAUUACGCUGGCGCGGUUCGAGACUGUGAAAGGGCCAUAAACAUCGAUCCCAAAUACAGCAAAGCCUAUGGCAGAAUGGGCUUAGCGCUAUCCAGUCUAAACAAACUCUCAGACGCAGUCAUCUACUACAGGAAAGCCUUGGAGCUGGACCCCGACAACGAGACGUACAAAUCAAACCUGAAAGUAACCGAGCAGAAGAUGAAAGAAGCACCCAGUCCGACGGGUGGCACUGGAGGCUUCGAUCUAGCCGGCUUGCUCAAUAACCCAGGCUUCAUGAGCAUGGCAUCUAACCUGAUGAACAAUCCACAAGUACAGCAGCUGAUGUCAGGGAUGAUUUCGGGCGGGAGCAACCCCAUGGCAACGCCGGGAGCCGCCCCUUCCCCUAACGACCUCGCCAGCCUUAUUCAAGCAGGCCAACAGUUCGCCCAGCAGAUGCAGCAGCAGAACCCCGAACUCAUAGAGCAGCUGCGCAGUCAGAUUCGGAGUCGGACCCCCAGCGCCAGCAACGAGGAGCAGCAGGAAUGAAGGAGGCGGCAGG